UCAGCGGGUAACCUGUCCAAAACUGAUUCUCACCUAAUGAUGGACGGUGUGCCUUGCAUUCGUGUACCUCAGUGUCAGGCGCAGCAGUUCAGGAGGUCGCUACAGUCCAGAGGUGCUUUGGACCUGAGUUUGAGUUUAGUGAAAGACUCCGAUGGGACAGUCCUCUUGCCCAUUUUACCAACCUGUCUGUCUCAGCUUGAUCUUCAGUCUCUCAAGACCACUGUGGCUUCAGAUAGUGCUUUUGAAAUAGUUUGGAGUAAGACUGAUCUGCAGUCAAAGAAAGAGAAAGGAAGGGCGAGUGGUAAUAAGCUGGAGAAAAUCCUACAGAAGCUGUUGGAGUCUCGUGGUGAAAGAUGGACAGAAGAGCUGAAGAGAGACCUCCCUCGCAGUUUCCAGCAACAUGGAGACCUAGUCGUGCUGGGAGAUAGCUGUUUUGUCCUGCCAUUAUGGAAGAAAAUGGAUCAACAGUUAUGGAGUGUUGUGGUCAGAGGGCUGGGUGCAAAGCGCCUGGCAAAGAUGAGGAGAAUUUCAAGAGAUGGAUUUAGAUCUCCUGAGGUGACGAUGCUGCUAGGAGAGCACAGCUGGGUCAAACAUAUAGACAAUGGCAUUAGUUAUGAGUUUGAUGUUACCAAGUGCAUGUUCUCAGCUGGAAACAUAACCGAGAAGCUCCGAGUGGCUGGAUUUGACUGCAGAGGGGAGAUUGUGGUGGAUUUAUAUGCAGGUAUUGGAUACUUCACUCUCCCAUAUCUGGUGCAUGCAAAGGCCAGUCACGUUCACGCCUGUGAGUGGAAUCCUGACGCUGUCGAAGCUUUGCAGAAAAACCUCAAGGCAAAUGGAGUGUCUGACCACUGCACGAUUCACCAAGGAGAUAAUCGUCAACUCCAGCUGUGUGACAUUGCUGACCGGGUGAACCUGGGUCUUAUACCAAGCUCUGAGGAUGGCUGGCCUGUCGCCUGUCGACUGCUGAGGAGAACAACAGGAGGUGUUUUACACAUACACCAGAACAUUACCUCGCCAUUACGGAACACUACAGCCAGUGAUGCCAUCCAGAAGGUUUCUAGGAAAAAAGCAGACAGAGAGGUGUGGCAGGCCUGGGCUGAUGACACAGCGAAGCACAUUGUUUCUCUUUUAAGGGACCGCACUGGCACACUGUGGAAAGCAAACAUCCAGCACAUAGAGCACGUUAAGUCAUAUGCACCUCAUGUUCACCAUGUCGUGCUGGACUUGGAGUGCAGGCCUUCCUGAGAAAGUAAUCACCACAGAUACUUAAUAGACACUGUGGCGUUCGACAAACAGAAGUUUCGGACCAAACCCUACACAAGCUGGUUUAAUCAUUUGUCAGGCUGUGACAAACGAACCGCAACCUUUAUUUAUCCAGAGGCUUGUACUACAAAGCAGGAUUAGUGGCUUAGCAACGUGACUUCAGGGUUAACUCUGGAUCUUCGCUGUUGCGAAGGUGGCUCAUUUCUUACUUGGGGUACAUUGCCAUGGUAACUUAUGCUGCAGAUCUGAGCAGGUUAUGCACAAGAUAGGAGAUCAUCACAUGUGAAACACUACAGUCCGACCACUUCUCUGGAAAAUGGCAUCACUACUCGUUGAAAAGCCCAUGGACUCCCUGCACAGGUAUUAGAAGGGUCUGUAGUUUUUGUAUUUCCCCAGUGAAGUGUAGAAAUGUUGGCUGCAAGCAGUUCUAAAACAUAUUUAUAAACCUUAAUAUUGUAAUAUAACCCUAGAACAGAGCACCAAAGCCUUGUACUAGAUUUAAGUUACAGAUUUGAAUUGAAGAUGUUAGUGUAGGUUCUCGGUGAUCCAGCCCAUGGUAGUCUCGAGCUCCUAGAAGAAGGCAACUGGACUUCUUUAGUUUCGUGAAGAUGUUUCACCUCUAAUCCAAAAAGACCUCCUCAGUUCUAAAACAACUGGCGUAGAGUCCCAGAUUUUUAACCCCUAGUGGGCGGUGCCCCCUUGAAGAUGGUCCUGAGAGUUGUUGACCUACUAUUAGUCAUGUGACCAAAGGUGUGGGUCCUUAACAUCACUGGGGCUGACAGGGGAAAUCUCUGUAAGACAUUGCCCCACUCCACCGUCAUGAGCUAUUGAGGUCACCUCAGGCAAGGUGUGAGCGGGGGUUGAAACACUGCAGGUGGCUCAUAGUUGGUGCUGUAAGCCACUACCUCUGUUCAGUGAUAGUUGUUCACGGUGCACAUAGAUGGCCUCCUUUACUCUUUACCAUCUGUCCUCUCAUUCCAAAAUGUGAACAUAUGACUCUCUUUUGAGGAUGCCAUUCUCCUUUAGGUGCAGGUGUGCCAUGUCUUGUCCUGAUGAGCUGGCUCUCUUGUGUUGUGCUAUGUAUUUGCGGAGUUGUUUUUUGGUUUAUGUAAAGGUCUGAGUGAGAAAUUGACUUGCUUUCUUUUUAAGUACUCAAGACGUUAGGUUGCCUCAGAACACUUUGUUGUUGUGUGUUGGUGCUAUAUAAAUA